ACUCCAAUUCACGAGCAAAUACUGUCCAAAGUUUCUAGUUGCAAGCCUGUUUUGAAACCUAAAAGAUGUCGCAAGAAUAAGUUUAAUCGUUUAUAUCGAACUGAAGACGGCACCUGUAACAAUUUCCGUCAAACAACAUGGGGUGCAGCUCCAACCCUUUUUCGCCGCGCUAUACCAUCAAGAUAUGCUAACUAUAUUAACAAGCCUGUUGGUUGGAGCCAUGCAAACUAUCUACCAAGCCCAAGAUUGGUAUCUAAUCGCGUAAUUUCGUCAAGAAAAAUUACACUAUCAUCAAGAUAUACCGAUUUAAUGAUGCAUUGGGGUCAAUUUAUUGACCAUGAUCUAACUUUAACAGUUACCGUAGAUAAAAAAAUUGAAAAAAUUUGUAGUCAAAGUUGUAAGAAAUAUAGCCAUUGCUUUCCUAUACCUGUCAGCAAGCAAGAUAGUAAAUUUUCUUGCGAGAAAUGCUUACAAUUUACACGCGCAGCUGCUGCUUGUGGUACAGGAUUAACAAGUAUUGUCUACGGAUCUGCUCGGCCACGAGAGCAAAUAAAUGGUAUUACAGCAUUUAUUGAUUCGUCCAAUGUCUAUGGAUCAUCGAAAAAGGAAUCCAAUUUAUUGCGUAAGCGUCGAUCGAAAGGCCUAUUAAAGGUAGGUAAACGCGUCAGUCGUGGUAAAUUUCUAUUGCCAUUUGCUAAAAAAGGGCAAACAGAGUGCCAACCUAGCGAUAUCCUGAAGCCAUGCUUUUUAGCAGGCGAUAAAAGAGCUAAUGUUCAGAUAGGUCUGACAGCAAUCCAUACCAUUUGGGUUCGAGAGCACAACCGUAUUGCUAAGAGAUUGGCAAGAAUCAAUCCAAGGUGGAACUCUGAUCGAGUGUAUCAGGAAACUCGCAAGAUUGUCAUCGCUCAAAAUCAACACGUUAUUUUCUACCACUAUCUUCCAAAAUUGCUAGGAGUUACCUUUCCUACGUUGAUACCAGAUUAUUCCGGUUAUAAGAAACGAGUGGAUCCUUCAAUAAUGGCUUCUUUUGCAGCUGCAGCUUUCCGCAUUGGACAUACACUUAUCAAUCCAGUACUGCAUCGUUUAGAUAGCAAUUACCAGCCAAUACCACAAGGAAGUAUCCGUUUGAAAGAUGCUUUUUUUGCACCACAUCGAAUUCUCAACGAAGGUGGAAUUGAUCCCAUUUUAAGAGGCAUAACUGGUAAAUACGGAAAACUAAAGUCGCCAAGUCGUUUGGUCUCUAAGGAAGUAACGGAUCAUCUCUUUGAAGUAGAUCAUCAAAUGGCAAUGGAUUUAGCUUCAUUAAAUAUCCAACGUGGCCGAGAUUUUGGUCUGCCUAGUUAUAAUACCUGGAGAAAGCGAUGUGGAUUAAGAAAAGCAAGGAGAUUCUCACAAUUAUCUGGUGAAAUUGAUCGUAAAACUAUUGCUAAACUAGCUCAGGUAUAUGAUCAUCCAAAUGAUAUUGACUUAUGGGUAGGUGGUGUUAGUGAAAAGAACAUUCGUAAAGGUGUAAUGGGACCAACAUUUGCCUGCAUUAUUGCAAAGCAAUUUAUUAAAAUUCGAGAUGGUGAUCGAUUUUGGUAUGAAAAACCAGGAGUUUUCACUUCUCAACAAUUAAGGCAGAUAAAGCAAUCUUCGUUAGCAAGAGUUAUUUGCGACAACAGUGAUGGUAUAACUCGGAUACAGGAAGACGUAUUCCGCGAUUAUAAUACAACCGGCAAUGCUUUUGUUGAUUGCAAUACUAUCCCUCGCAUCAAUUUAAGGAAAUGGAAAGAUUAG